UCGCCAACUCACUUUAUGUUUACACCCAGACCAGGCUUUUUGGGGUCCAGCUUUUGGCCAGGUCGAAUAUAGGAACUGACCUGAUCCCCAACAGAAACUGUAACCAGCAUACAAAAAAAUCAAUUCCAGCUAUUGAACUACACUUGCAGCCGUCACAUUAUCUCUAAAGAUCCCACGAUCAAAACAAUCCCCAGUAUCGCAGCCGACCCACAACGAUGUCGCGUAUGGCUUAUCAGCAAGAUCGCUACUCUGACAACAACCAAGACCCAUCCCCCUCAACGACCGACUCCUACGACCAACCAACAAGGAAACCCACACGUCGAGACCAAAGCGCCCGAUCAAGUGAAGGAACCGUCAGCACGAUGAUGAGCGGGAACACAAUGUCGACAGGACGAGAGUCGGCGGGCACGAACGUCACAGAGGGUCCAGCGUACUCGAAAAAGAUUGUCGUCGUCGGCGAUGGAGGGUGUGGAAAGACUUGCCUGCUUAUCUCUUACAGCCAGGGAUAUUUCCCAGAGAAAUACGUUCCCACCGUCUUUGAAAAUUACAUCACAUACCCCAUCCACAAGAAGUCCGGCAAGGCAGUUGAGCUCGCUCUCUGGGAUACCGCAGGGCAAGAAGAAUACGACCGUCUGCGUCCGCUCUCCUACCCCGAGACCGACCUCCUCUUCGUCUGCUUCGCCAUCGACUGCCCAAACUCCCUCGAGAACGUAAUGGACAAGUGGUACCCCGAAGUCCUCCACUUCUGCCCCUACACCCCCCUCGUCCUCGUCGGACUCAAAUCCGACCUCCGCACCAAGCGCACGUGCAUCGACCUCCUCAAGACCCAAGGUCUCACCCCCGUCACGCAAGAGCAGGGCAUGGCCGUGGCCCAGAAGAUGGGCGCGCGCUACAUGGAGUGCAGCAGCAAGGAGAUGACGGGCGUCGACGAGAUCUUCGAGCAAGCUAUCGAGAUUGUUGUUUCUGGUGAUCGGAGGAAUGCGGCGCAGACGCCGCAGGGAGGGACGGUGGGGGGGAUGGUGGUGAAGAAGAAGAAGAGGAAUUGCAGGUUUUUGUAAGAAGGGAG